GAAUUAUUUACAAAUUGCCAUAUUCAUCGCGAUGAUACGUGUUCCUUUCGGCAGUAUUUUUCGCACCUGACUCCUACAUUUUUCGCCCAAAUUCAAAAGUACAAAGUCUGUUCUCUCCAAUCCUCCUCGUCUGCACUUCUUUCCAAUUUUAAUUUCCGUCUUUUUCCUCCCCAGUGCACGAUACUCCCACCUCGCUCCGAGAGCAAAAGGUGCAACAUCGCACUGCCGAGUGCGGCGAGUGCAGGCGAAAUGAACAGAAGAGGUGCUCCUCCUCUCCCGACUCCGCCACCGACGAUGUUUGUGCGUGCCUGGCACGACUGCCGUGCCACUGUCGCGCUCGCCGUCCCCGUCGUCGCGUGAGAAGGCAAGGCUCGCGUUCACCGCGCGACACCACGGUGCGAUAGCGUCUACCUCCGACGCAAUACGAACGUGCCGAGCCGUGCCGUGCCGUACCGUGCCUGCUGUACUAUCCCGCGCGACAUGUCAAGUCAAAUAUGCCUAAAGUGGAACAGUUUUCUCAGCAAUAUCGCGACCAGCUUCGAGAGUCUGUGGGAGGAAGAGGGUCUGGUGGACGUGACUCUUGCCAGUGACGGACAGUGUCUCACGGCGCACAAGGUGAUACUCUCAGCCAGCAGCCCCUUCUUCAAGAAGGUCUUCCAGACAAACCCAUGUCAACAUCCAGUUAUAAUACUUCAAGAUGUACAUUUUAGUGAAUUGGAGGCGCUACUUAUAUUUAUAUACAAAGGAGAGGUGAAUAUUGAACAGAAGAACUUACCUGCACUUUUGAAAGCUGCAGAAACAUUACAAAUUCGGGGUCUGUCCGGUGGAGAUAUCUUCGCGAAGGAGUCAUAUAAAAGACUGGCUGAACUAGAGCAGGCAGUGGUCGAGGAUGCGCCGCUGACCAAAGAGGAGACACCUAAGAAGAAGCAGAAAGUCAGCAAACAGCAGAGUAAUUCUAUUUUGGAGAAAGCACUAACGCCUAGAAUAUCGCAGUCGGAGAAUACAAAUGAGUCCGCGGCGAGCGAUCAGAGCGGAAAAGACGAAGAUUACACGUUGCCUGAGACAUUGCCCAAUCCGGUGUAUCAUCGUUUGGAGAUGAAAAUAGAACCAUUGGAAAUGGCGGUAGAAGAUAUCCCGAAGCGAUCUCCGUUAGAUAAGGAUGCAGCAGAGAGGCUAGAUACGGGACAAUCGGACGGGAAUCAAGGGUCUGGGAACAGCCCUGCUGAAGACAUUUCCGGUUUAUCGGGCUUGUCCGGGCUAAGUGGAUUCUCGGACGUCAAGCCGCUGCUUUACGCGUAUCAGCAGCUACCUUACGCCGAUCUUCUGCCGAGCCCGGACAUAAUCUCCACUUGGGCGUCCUCGCGGCCGAUGGAUCAUCUGGCCUGCGAUCUCAUGAAGAUUCUCUUCACGCCGGAGGAGAGGAUCCUCUGCAACGUGAACGGCAAGAUGGGCAAGCAGCAGUUCGACAGCAACAAAAUACACCUGAUCCGGGAGGUUCUGUUGCACUUCAGCGGCAUUACGCCCAACAGCAUUGAGUGGGAGGAGGCGUGGAAGAAUUGCGUAACCAAAAUCGACACUAGCAAUAGGGGCUUGAAAAGGUAUCUGUUUCAGAGGCGUUCGGUCUACACUCAAUGACUAGGGCAUUUCAGGUCAGGGGUCAAACGGAAACGUUUCCACUGGCUGGAAUAGGAUCGUAAACCCUUGUAAAAACCCCCCCGUCGCCCCUCGGCUCCCUCAUCUUCCUCUCUAUCCCUUUCGUUUACCCUUUUUUUCUCUCUAUCUCUCUCUCUCUCUCCCUCUCUUUCUAUCUCUUUGUUGGGUUUGUUGCCGCACGCGGAAUCGUCGCGAGACUCGCGUCCCUCGCUCGUUCCUCCUCGGUGUGAGCUUUCGCGCUCUCGCGUUUUAGGAUGUUGUAAAAAAGAUCGAUGUAAGUAGAUAGUUAGAUUUAACGCGCGCGCGUAGCCGUUAACGGGGGAAAGAAGGGACGGACGAUCGGUCGACCGACGUGGAUUAGAAAAGAAUCGCGCGGAUCACUCGGACACGUGCAAUAGGCGUCGGAGCGAACAUUACGUGCGUGCGUGCGUGCCUGCGUGCGUGCGUGCGUGCCUGCGUGCUUGCGUGCCUGUCUGCUUGCCUGCCUGUCUACCUAUCUGCCUGCCUGCGUGCGUGCGUGCGUGCGUGCGUGCGUGCGUGCAUGCGUGCAUACAUGCACGCUCCGAUCCGCGACGACGACGACGACGACGAAGAAGACGAGGACGACUUUAGAUUAUAGAUUUCGGGGUGACAGGGUGUGUGAUCUUAGAAGGUGCAUCGUAGUUCGCGAUUGAGAGUUAUUUAUAAAUACGCUUCACGUUCGCCACGUACGGCGGUGGCGGACGUACGAAUAAUAAUAAUAACAAUAUUCUAAGCCUUCCUCUCGAUAAUUUUCGUUAUAAUUUCCACCUUGUCGAAGGGGGCAACACCCCGGGGAACUUUAUUCGAUUUCUCCUCCCGUCUCUUUCUUUCGCGCUCGCACACAGCGUGUGCUUUAAGGUAUCUCCCCACCAAUACCAUCAAGUACUGCUAUUCACGACGCGCUCGCGCUCGCGAGGUCAAUCGUCCAGCUGUCUGUGUACUUUGUUGUGUUUUUCGUAUGGCACUUCGAAUAACGUAACAUUCCUUCUUAACGUUUAUUUGCGGUAUAUUCAUGCGAGAACCCACUUUGGCGAUAAAGACGGCAUGAUAUUAUUAAGUCGACGGCGUAUAUCGGGGAGAGACACGCGAGUAUCUCUGUCUCUGUCUCUCUUUCUCGCUCCCUCUAUCUCCUCUCCUCCUCGC